GCCAAACAUCCGCACAUGGAUGCCCCUGGAGAUCAUGCCGCUCGUCGUGGUUUGCGGGCUGCCGUCCAGCGGCAAGAGCCAGCGGACGGAGGAGCUCCGUCGGGCGCUGGCCAGCGAGGGCCGCGCGGUGUAUGUGGUGGACGAUGCUUCGGUGCUGGGCGCGCAGGACCCGACUGUGUACGGCGACUCCGCUGGUGAGAAGGCUCUGCGGGCUGCGCUGCGGGCUGCGGUGGAGCGGCGCCUGAGCCGGCAGGACGUGGUCAUCCUGGACUCGGUGAACUACAUCAAGGGCUUCCGCUACGAGCUGUACUGCCUCGCCCGGGCCGCGCGCACGCCGCUCUGCUUACUUUACUGCGUGCGGCCGAACUGGCCGAGCCGCGAGCUUCGGGAGGCUUCCGCCUCCGAGAACCGGGACCUGGCUGUCAGCGUGAGCUGGAGACCGCGGGCCGAGACCGGCGGGAAGUCUCAGGCGGCUGGCGCUGUGGAGGAACAGCGCGCCACCAGCCCCGUAGCCAACGGGGGAGUUCUGGCCGCUGUCUCAAAGGAACUGGAUCCAGAGGAAAUCCUGCCAUCAAACCCUUCCGCUGUAAUGACCCCGGGGUCCGAGAAAUCUGCAGAGCCUGCGUCCUGUGCCUUUCCUCCCGAGGUUCUGGAGUCCUUAGCGCUGCGCUUUGAGUCUCCCGACUCCCGGAACCGCUGGGAUCGCCCCUUGUUCACUGUGGUGGGUUUAGAAGAGCCAUUGCCCCUCGCGGAGAUCCGGUCUGCCUUGUUUGAGAAUCGGGCUCCCCCGCCCCAUCAGUCUACGCAGUCUCAGCCUCUAGCCUCUGGCAGCUUUCUGCACCAGUUGGAUCAGGCCACAAGCCAGGUGUUGACCGCUGUGAUGGAAGCCCAGAAGAGCGCUGUGCCCGGAGACUUCCUAAAGCUCCCUGGCACCACGGAGCCCCUCCGAUUUACCCGACCCUUGACCUUAGCAGAAUUGAGUCGCCUCCGUCGCCAGUUUAUUUCCUACACCAAAAUGCAUCCCAAUAACGAGAAUCUGCCUCAAUUGGCCAACAUGUUUCUUCAGUAUCUGAACCAGAGUUUGCACUAAUGAGGUAGUGGGCAGCAGCUGUGGCUCGUGUCUGACUAUUCUACUGUACUUUGUUUAGGAAGAAUAGUCCGAAGGUCUGCAAAGCAUACUGUAGUAAGAUGGCCAAGUUUUGACUCGUUUUCUUAACUGCCACUGCCAUACCCUGAGUGUGUAGUUAGCAUAAGCUGAGGCAUUGAGUGGUAGCUCCAAAAACACCAGGGGGCUUCGGUUGGAGUCUACUUAGGAAUACUACACACCACUGUUGGCCUUCCAUCGGGAUUAAGUCAACUGUGAGUAGAAACCGAAGAUAACAGUUUUGUAUUCAUAAUGGCCUUUUCAUACUCCAAGUACUUUUGAGCACAGAGCCUCUUGCUUCUGACCUGGCACUUGGAACACAGAUAUAUAUAUCUUUUGUUCUGUCCCUGGGAAACUGAUAUUUGUGUAAGACAACCACCAGAUAUUUUCUCUAAUAAAAUCUUCUAAAAUU